AUGGAUGAGGAAGGGGUGUUACCAUAUGAGAAAGUUGAAGGGGCCAACGCUAAAAGCAGCUUCCGUAAAUCUAAAGGUCUGUUGCAGACGAAUCCGAUCGACCUAAACUCUCGGGAUCUGUUUGAGAGUCGUCGAGAACGCUUCGAGGAACGAUUCUCGUGGCUGCAGAUGGCUACUGAUGAAGAAAUCGCCGAUGCCGUACGAAUCACAUGGGUCGCACAGCACCUGUUGGAGACAUCUGAAAUUAAUUGGGGUCUUUUCGAGGACGUUGGCGAUUUCCUGAAAUUCCUCUUCUGUUGUCCACGGUCGGGUUUGCUUGCGGUUUUGCGACGGAUAGUAACAGACUAUCGAAAUUGUCGAAGUGGAUUCCCAGACCUCACUGUUUGGAAUACGGAGGAGAAGACUGUUGCGGUGGUCGAGGUAAAAGGUCCAGGAGAUCGGCUUUCAACAAAGCAACGUCUUUGGCUAGACUUUUUCAUGCGGAACGAAAUAAGGGCUGAAGUCUGUCAUGUCAUUGCAAGAAGUGAUCGUGAACUGCGAUAA